AUGGCCGAGUCUACCUACCCAACAACCCAAUAUCUCGCAGGGGACUUUGUCCUCUCCGCAGGAAGCGUGCUAUUCCGGCGCCGCCCCCGCCUCGGCACAUCCACAUCCACAUCCACUUCCACCUCCAAUCCCACCAACACACUCGAGCCCGAGCUCGAAAUCUGCAUUCUCCACUACCUCACCCAUGACGAGUGGCUCCUGCCCAAGGGCCGCAAAGACCGCGGCGAGCCGAUCGAGCGCACCGCCGUGCGCGAGACGUACGAGGAGACGGGGUAUGUAUGCGCGCUGUGGCCACAGCGCAUGCCGACGCUCGCGACGGUGCCAGUGCCAGCGCCGGGGCAGGGGGCGGGACAACAGAGCCAUGGCCUUGAGGUGCCAAUGGAGGACGGGUACGGGCUGAUUGAGCCGAUUGCAGUCACUGUGCGCGAAAUAGCCCGCGGGCGCGUGAAAAUUAUAUAUUGGUAUAUCACGGUCGUGGAGGAAGGCGUGGAGAAGGUUGAGGGAUCGCAAAUGGAGAACGAGAACUUUGAGUCGAUGUUUGUGGAUGUGCGCGAGGCGGAGGAGCGGCUGACGUUUCGGGGCGAUCGCGAUGUUGUGCGGGUGGCGAUUGAUAUUGUGUGUGGGCGGGGAGUGGUGCAAGGCGCGGAUACGCAUUCAGGGACUUUGAGUGCGGUGUAG